GUCAAUUGUUCCCUCGUCUCCCUCGCUCUCCUUUCCUUCUCGCACCCCCACCCCCAACCCCACACAUAUCAUCCAUUCUACGGCUGCUGCUAGACACUACUGCAUCAUGUCGAGUACCAAACGGUCUACCCUCGAACUAGGCAAUGUCCUGGUGGUUGGAGGAUGUGGAUUUCUGGGUUGGCACAUUGUUGAUCAAUUGCUCAAUUUCCCCUCGGAAUCCGAUCCUAGUGUCGCACUUCCCAAGCCGCAAGGAGACGCCAGAUUCGACUACCCCAAGCUCGGUGAUCGGUACCCUCGAUGCAUAGCAAAGGUCUCCGUGGUUGACCUCCGGACAACACACAAUCGUCUACCAGGCGCCGAGUACUACGAUGGCGAUAUUACCUCCGCCGAAUCGAUGUUGUCCGUUUUCCGCGCCGUUAAGCCGGACGUCGUUAUCCACACCGCUACCCCUAACGUGUUGGAAGGGAACAAGCCGUUGCUGCGCAAGGUUAAUGUUGAUGGAACCAAGACAUUGCUGGAAGUUGCGGGCGGCGAGCGUGGUGAUUGGGGUGGAAAGUGUAAAGCAUUUGUUUACACCAGUUCCAGUUCCGUGGUCCACGAUACACAGAGUGACCUGAUCAAUGUGACUGAAGAGUGGCCUCUCAUCAGGGGACCCUUGCAACAGGAGUAUUAUUCGGAAACUAAGGCGGACGCCGAAGAGCUUGCCUUGAAGUACAACCGUGCCUCGCCUUCUGGAAUGGUCACCUGUGCCGUUCGCCCGGCUGGUAUCUACGGCGAAAAGGACACAACUUUCACGUUCAAGAUCCUGGAACACGCCGCCAAGGCUUCCCCGACCGUCCUCCGGAUGCAGCUGGGAGACAACAACAACCUGUUCGACUUCACCUACGUGGGAAACGUUGCCUACUCGCACACGCUCGCCGCAUACCGCUUGCUUGCGACUCAUGCACGCUACGAGGCCGGACAGGGAGGUCCGCUGGAUCAUGAACGGGUCGACGGAGAAGCCUUCAACAUCACCAAUGAUUCACCCGUCUACUUUUGGGACAUGACCCACGCCGCCUGGGCUCUCACCGGAAAGGUGGUGGAGCCUCAUCAGGUGUGGGAACUUCCGGAGGGUGCUCUUGGAACCAUUGGCGCACUUGCCGAGACGGUGCUUGGACUCUUUGGCAAGACUCCUCGGUUGACCAGACGUAUGGUGAGGUACUCGUGCAUGACACGCUACUACUCGUGCGACAAGGCGAAGUAUCGUCUGGGGUACAGGCCAAUCGUCCCAGUUGACGAGGGUCUUGCUCGCGCGGUCGGAUAUGUGGUGGAGCGGGAGCGACUGGAGGGAGAGAAGAAGGCGUUGUAAAUGCCCGAAAGAGUCGGUUCACAAAGAUAUCACGGAGUCUAUGUAAUAUAAGUUGAAUUCUCAGCAAAUCGCUUGAUUUGGAUUGUACCCUGUCUAUAAUUAUUAAUGCAUGAAUACAGGCCGGUCUCUCUACAAGACCAUGAUUGUUAUCACUAUUGGAC